GCAGGUGCCCGGCGGCUCGCCGCGGAGGGUCAUCGUGCAGGCGUCCACCGGCGAGCUGCUGCGCUGCCUGGGCGACUUCGUGUGCCGACGCUGCUACCGCCUCAAGGAGCUGAGCCCCGGCGAGCUGGUGGGCUGGUUCCGCGGCGUGGACCGCUCGCUGCUGCUGCAGGGCUGGCAAGACCAGGCCUUCAUCACGCCCGCCAACCUGGUGUUCGUGUACCUGCUGUGCCGAGAGUCGCUGCGCGGGGACGAGCUGGCGUCGGCCGCCGAGCUGCAGGCCGCCUUCCUCACCUGCCUCUACCUCGCCUACUCCUACAUGGGCAACGAGAUCUCCUACCCUCUCAAGCCCUUCCUCGUGGAGCCCGACAAGGAGCGCUUCUGGCAGCGCUGCCUGCGCCUCAUCCAGCGGCUCAGCCCUCAGAUGCUGCGGCUCAACGCCGACCCCCACUUCUUCACGCAGGUCUUUCAAGACCUCAAGAACGAGGGCGAGGCCGCCGCCGGCGCCGGGGCUCCACCAAACGGGAGCGCGCCUGCCGCCUCCUCGGCCGCCAGGGACAGCGGCGCGGCCGGAGCCAAGCACUGGACUAUGAACCUGGACCGCUAGGGACACCCAGGGGCCGCGUCCGCCCCCAUCCCCAGCCCGCGACACACACUCGGACCCCCCGGGACCAUCAAGCCACCGCCGCUCCACGCCCUGGCCCGGCCGAGGAGGAGCCGCCCCUGCCCCGCAGGGGAAGGCGGAGGCCAGGACACCAAGAGGCCGCAGCUUCUGAAUUUGCUGGGCGUGAGGUGGGGAUGGGGGAUGAGUGAGGGAAGGGCACCCCCGACCGCACCCUGUCCAUCUGUCUGCGCCCCAUCUCUCCAUUUCUGCCUGGGUCUCCCUCUUCCCUGCUGUGCGUGUCUGUAAGUCCAUCUCCCCUUGGUUUUGUCCUUUUCCUCCCCUCCUUUCUGUGUCCUCAUCUUUCCUCCCUUCUCUCUCUCUGCCUCUCCAUUUUCCGGUCCUUGGUUGUGUGUUUCCAUCUCCAUCUUACCCCUUGCCUGACCGUAUCCUGUUGCCCCCGUUUCUCCUUCUGCACCUGUGUCCCCAUCUCCCCUUGUUCUCUCUUCCCUUGCUUCUGUCAUGUGUCAGCAUCUUCCCUCCUGUCUGCCUCCCCCCUCUGCUUGUGUCAGACUACAUGUCUUCCCCUGACUGAGUCCUCACACCCCUCUCCCCAGACCUUGAGUCGACUGAGGUGUGAUGAGAAGCCGCAGCCCCAGGAGCCCAGACAGUCACCAGGAUGGUCCCCUCCCCACCCCUACCGCCUCUCGCCACCUUUUCCAACGUGUUACGUGCUGGGAGUUGGGGGAGGGGGCUGCCGGUUUCAUUCAGGGGGCUGAAAUUGGGGGGCAAUAUCAACCUGGGAGACCACCCGGCAGCGGUGCCUCUGCGGACAGGUGGAAGGCGAAAGAAAACUGUUCUUACUCCGGGGAGGGGCGCCCUUAUCCUUAUGGGUUUUUUCUCUCCCACCCCCCCUUUUUAAUUUAUUUGGUUGUUUCUGGAGGGAGGGGGGAGGGGGGCCGGGACCUGUCCGAGGUGCUGAGCUGGGGCGGGACCAGAAUCCUCCCAGGAGAGUGCUUGGGACUGGGUUGGGCCUGGGGCCGUGUCCAAGGUGCCAAUGAAGCAGGCCAACGGCGCGGGCCGCACUGUCUGUCUGUCCGACUGUCCCGGAGAGUACUAUAAAGCGCUGGAAGCGCCUGCA